GGUUAAUGACCCCAGCGGCCUCUGAACACUGGCCCCCCCUCCCAAAACUUCCAUUCUUCACUUCUCAAUGUUAGGAGAUAAUUCUCUUCAAAUAGAUAUGACGGAUGUUUCUAAAGCAGCUCGACCUCACCACUGCCCUACGGCCAGCCUAUCUCCCAGACGAAGUCCUCCUGUUUGUCCAAGAUAAUGUGGGAUUGUACGAGGGAAAAUACAAGCUUCCCAACCAGCAGAAUGGACAGGUCUAUCUGACUUCCCAUCGCAUCUGCUAUGUGGACAAAGCCGAUCCCAGAAAGCACUCGCUAGCUCUGGACUUGAAGGACGUGGAGCGAUAUGAAUUCUACGCUGGUUUCUUCAAGUCAUCGGCCAAGGUCACCCUGAUCCCAAAGCCGACCAAGCGCGCGUCCUUACAGUCAAGAUCGCCAGCUGUCCCCAACGGCGGUUCGCCGAGGAACGGUACUGCUUCUCCAGUCUCACGAUCAGAUAGCCCUCGGCGCCCUGCGGCAGCCGAUCCGUCGCCCGCAGCGGGCACAGCAACCUGGGUCUGCACGAUAUGCAGCUUCUCGAACCCCGUGCCGUCCAACUUUGACCCUGCAACGGCAAAUGCGCAUACUCCUCUCCCGCCAUGUCUGGCCUGCGGGAUCAAGCCAGCACUGACGCACGUGCUGAAGGCGGCCAUCAGCAAUGCUACAAGCAGACAGGUAGUCGUGGCCCCGUUGCCACUGCGGCCCAGGGGACUGUCUGGGAACAACAACAACGGGCUGAUAGCCGGGGACAGUAAUUCUCCAGAUGCAAGAGAGAGCAGCCCACCCAAGACGUCGUCGGAUCCGGAUGCCUCGUUUCAAUGUCCCCGGUGCACAUUCCUAAACCACCCGUCCCUACUGUCCUGCGAGAUAUGUGGCGCGCCGUUGAUCUCCCACGAUGUGCCGCCCGGGCUGGGCCGUCCUGCGCAGUCAACCCCGACCCAAGACCGAACCGACUCCCCUGGCCCGGUUCUGAGCUACGGUGCCCUGUCCGCCAUGGACAAUCCUGAGAGCGUCAAAAUCUCAUUCCGAGGAGGGGGUGAGAAGAUCCUCUACGAACGCCUCAAGGGCGCCAUCACACAGCGCAAGUGGCUCCUGCAGGGCGCGCCGCCCGUACCCAGCUCCAACCUAUUGGCCGUGGACGCAAACCCAGGGUCCACCGGUCCCCUGCAGCCGAGGAAGAAGACGGUGGGCAUCGCUGGUCUGGAGCAGCGCGGACUGGAGCUGCGCAAGAACAAUGAGCUGGUCAUCGGCUCGGCAUUUGAGGAUCUCGAGGCGCUGAUGGCAUCUGCCAAGGAGAUCGUUGCUCUGGCAGAAAGCUUCUCGCGGCAGACAGGCGGCGGCAGUGGCGGCGUCUCGUCAGAAGCGAGCGCGGUCCUGGCAGAGUCGGCGACGCAGCUGGGCCUGGUCACCACCAAGGACAUUGCGGGCAGCAGCAACGAGUCACUCUACCUGUCCGAGCUGUCACGCAACCUGGCCGAGUUUCUGACGGACGACGCGAGGGGCGUGCUGCGCAAGGCCGGCGGGAUCAUCAGCCUCGUCGAUCUCUGGGCCAUGUUCAACCGGGCGCGCGGCGGCGUCGAGCUCGUCAGCCCCAUGGACUUCGAGAAGGCGGCGCGGCUGUGGGAGGAGCUCAGGCUCCCCGUGCGGCUGCGUACGUUCAAGAGCGGCGUCAUGGUCGUGCAGGGCAAGGACCGGACGGACGAGACGACCAUCAAGGCGCUGCUGGGCUGGAUGCAGGAUCUGCACAGCAUACCGCCCGACAAGGAGGUGCCGUGGGACUGGCAGGAGUUUGGGCGGGGCGUGACCUCGCGGGACGUCGCCGAGAGGUUUGGCUGGAGCAUCGGCGUGGCCGAGGAGGAGCUGGAGAUGGCCGAGGAGCGGGGCGUGCUGUGCCGCGAGGAGGGCAUCGAGGGCCUGAAGUUCUGGGAGAACUUUAUCGAUACUGGCGAGGGGAGGGGGCGCAAGAAGACGGAGGCGCAGGAGGCACAGAGGCAGAUCUACAAGGCCCUGAGGGAGAGUGGCUUCAUCUAACGCAACCAGCCUACGUCAUCCUGUCCCAAAAUCAAAGAGAACCAGAAG